CGAGCGAGAGGGGACGGGAAACAGAGGGCGUGCGCAAGGACCGAAAGGAGAGAGAGAGAGAAAAAAACGAACGGCAGCGGAGCACCGUAAUGUAUUUGGGGUGCUCGCGAGCCCCCAACACACUGCAGUGAGGGGGCAACAAGGCAUCGCUUUCCGAAAGUACGCGCAAAAUAUCGCGGUGCCGGGAGGUCGAAGCAAGGAGAUUAUCCCGGAGAAGAGGGAAGCGAGAGGCUGGUAUCGGAGCACCGAUCCCGGAUGGCUAGGCGCGGUUGCUCGCGCUCUCUCCCACCCUGACCCGGGAGAGACACACACGGACCGUGGGGACGCUCCGGGGCUUCACGGGAACCAAACCGGAGCUCGUAACCCCCUCCGCCCCCCACACUGCUGUUUUAAAUCUCGGCCUGUCUCCGAUCUUGUGGCGCACGGGACCGACCAUAAACAAACAAGGCAGCCGCUCGGGUGUGUUCAGCAGAGCGACCUCUGAGGACUGUGAGUCUGCGUUGUGACUGUGUUAUUCAGCCCCUUUCAGAUCAGCUGGGCUGUGUGUGUGUGUGUGUGUGUGUGUGUGUGUGUGUGGAUAACAGACAUGGCUGUACUACACUGAGAGUCCAAGGAGCCAGCGGCAUUAUGGGAUGUAGCAGGACUGUGCAGUGACCCGCUCAUUGGAAGGAAACACUCUGUGUACAGGAGCAGGAGCAGGCAGACUAGCCUAAACACACGCACGAACGCACACACACACACACACACACACACACACACACACACAAAGCCUGCAGCCAUGCCUGUGUUCAGUGGCCUGUUGAAAGUGCGAGUGUGUGAGGCAGUGGACCUGAAGCCCACACCUUGGGCACUGCGUCACGCUGUGGGGAAGAGCAGCUCAUUCCUGCUGGACCCUUACCUGGCCCUGAAUCUGGACCAAGCUCGGCUCGGCCAGACCGCCACCAGGACCAAGACCAACAGCCCUGCCUGGCACCAGGAGUUCUGCACUGAGGUCCGCGAGGGACGGAGUCUGGAGCUGUCGGUUUUCCACGACGCUCCCAUCGGAUAUGACGACUUUGUGGCCAAUUGCACCAUCCAGCUGGAGGACCUGCUGCAGAACGGGACCCGGCACUAUGAGGACUGGAUUGACUUGGAGCCGGAGGGGAAGGUGUACGUGGUCAUCGAUCUGUCCGGAUCCUCUACUGAUGCGACCGCGACCAAUGACAAUGAGGAGCGGGUGUUUCGAGAGAGGAUCGGCCCUCGCCGGCGACAAGGCGCCGUCCGAAGACGCGUCCAUCAAGUCAAUGGACACAAGUUCAUGGCCACCUACCUGAGACAGCCAACCUACUGCUCACACUGCAGAGAUUUCAUCUGGGGCGUGCUGGGGAAGCAGGGAUACCAGUGUCAGGUGUGCACGUGCGUCGUCCACAAGCGCUGCCAUGAGCUCAUCAUCACCAAGUGUGCCGGUAUGAAGAAGCAGGAGGACACGCCAGAAGAGGUGGGCUCACAGCGGUUCAGUGUUAACAUGCCCCAUAAAUUCGGGAUUCACAACUACAAGGUCCCCACCUUCUGUGACCACUGCGGCUCCCUGCUGUGGGGCCUCAUGAGGCAGGGACUGCAGUGCAAAGUGUGUAAGAUGAAUGUGCACAGGCGAUGUGAGAGCACUGUAGCUCCGAACUGCGGUGUGGACGCCCGAGGAAUCGCUAAGGUCCUGGCCGACCUGGGAGUCACGCCGGACAAGAUCUCCAACACCGCACUGCGCAGGAGGAAGCUGACUCCGGGGCAGGACCCUCCCCAGUCUCCUCCUGAGCUCUCCCAGACUGAGGACAUCAGCUUCAGCCAGCCAGCUGUCCCCACCUCCCCCUCACAGCAGGACUUGGCACAAUUAGAGCGCCUGCAGGACGCGCUGUCACUCGACCAGCAGGGACCCCAACACUCCUCCUCCUCCACCACCUCCUCUUCCUCCUCGUCCUCAUCGUCGGCAGGCAAGGAGAACGGACAGCUCCAGAGGAGGAGCCUCAAGGACUUCAACUUCAUCAAGGUUCUCGGCAAAGGCAGCUUUGGCAAGGUGAUGUUGGCGGAGUUCAAGGGGACGGAGGAGGUUUACGCCGUCAAGGUUUUGAAGAAGGACAUGAUCCUGCAGGACGACGACGUGGACUGCACCAUGACCGAGAAGCGCAUCCUGGCCCUCGCCCGCCGACACCCCUACCUCACCCAGCUCUACUGCUGCUUCCAGACACAGGACCGUUUGUUUUUUGUAAUGGAAUACGUGAACGGAGGAGACCUGAUGUUCCAGAUUCAGCGAUCCAGGAAGUUUGACGAGCCUCGCUCUCGUUUCUACGCCGCCGAAGUCACCUCAGCCCUCAUGUUCCUGCACCGCAACGGUGUCAUCUACAGGGAUCUGAAGCUGGAUAACAUCCUGCUGGAUGCAGAGGGACACUGUAAACUGGCGGACUUUGGCAUGUGCAAAGAAGGCAUCAAGAACGGAGUGACCACCACCACGUUCUGUGGCACGCCUGACUACAUCGCGCCCGAGAUCCUGCAGGAGCUGGAGUACGGAGCCUCUGUGGACUGGUGGGCUCUGGGGGUGCUGAUGUACGAGAUGAUGGCCGGACAGCCUCCGUUUGAAGCAGAUAACGAAGACGACUUGUUCGAGUCGAUCCUCCACGACGACGUCCUGUACCCCGUGUGGCUCAGCAAAGAAGCCGUUUCAAUCCUCCGAGCGUUUAUGACCAAGAACCCGGCCAAGCGCCUGGGCUGCGUGGUGAGCCAAGGCUGUGAGGAGGGCAUCAAGACCCAUGCCUUCUUCAGAGAGAUCGACUGGGUGCUGCUGGAGCAGAGGAAAGUCAAACCGCCCUUUAAACCCCGUAUUAAGACCAAGCGUGAUGUGAAUAACUUUGACCAGGACUUCACGAAGGAGGACCCCGUGUUGACGCCGACGGACGAGGCCAUCAUCCAACAGAUCAACCAGGAGGAGUUCAAGGACUUCUCCUACUGUGCCCCCGAGGAGACGCCCUAACACACACACACACACACACACAUAUCCAACAACACUAAACCUGGCCAGAUGUAUGCACACAUCACUGACAUUCAUACAAGAAACAUAAACCCCUUUACAAACACACAGACACACACACACACACACACACACAGACACACGGCCACUCCUUUACUUUUAAGCUAUUGGUUGUUGUUACUUUUUUGAAUAUUCUUUACUUGCAUUGUGUUGUUCUUGCUGCCUGAGUUUAUUAUGAAUAUAAAUAUUAAUAUGACUAUGAAUAUGCACAGCUGCACCUGCUCUCACACACACAUUCCCACGUUGCACAUCUUUCAUAAACAUUCAGAAACACGACAAUCCCCAGUUUGACUCCAACACAAACACGCUCACUGCACAUGCUCAGACGACCGAAACACACACAAACACACACACACACACACACACACACACUGCUUCUCUCCCCCAGCACCAGGACUGUGCAGUGGGUGCUGUGUGCAGAGGCCUGUAUAUAUAUCGCUGUGUUGAGUGGCUGUAUUGUGUCGUAUUGUCUGCUAGUAAAGGAGAGUCGUGGCGCAUGGACAAGCACCCUACCUGUGUUAUUACUGUCCUUAUUGUGGAGCAGUUAGGGCCAAAUAUUUGUGCAAUACCCUGAUUAUCUAUAUAUUUUAUUUGUUUCUUCAAGUGUUAUUUUUGUCUUUUCUUUUCUCCUCAAAAUGUGUGUGUAUUAUUUGUGUGUGGUAUGAUUGAACUCUUGUGCUCAUCAUGCUGCUGUCUCGUGUGGAUAGAGUGAAUGUCGAGCUUACGAGUUACAGGCUAUUGAACUAAUUAUGUGGAGCAGAGUGUUACAGGCGGCCCGUGUAGCAGCGCAAAGACCGAUUUCCAGCUAUUUCAUCCAUCUGCUAGUUUCAGUGUCCGUGGCUGUCCCGCCAGCCAGAACGUGCUGCUGGCCCGUGGGCGUUUCUUUUUUCUUUUUUUGUCGUGAAUGUACAUGUUUGUAUGUGAGAAUGCGUGAUUUUUCUUUCUCCCUGUCAGUGCGUGACUUUACUCAGUAUUUCUGUUUCUAUAGUUACCAUCAGUGUUUUCUGCCACCCCCCCCCCCCAGCCCCUUUCCUUCCCCUCUCCUCCAAAGCACCAAUUCCCCUUUCCUGCCUCCAGCAGCCAUCUCACUCAGCCAAAACCACUUGCUUUUCAGACUUUUGCUAUUUUUACAAGAAUGGCUUUUUGUUAUUAUUGCUCUCUUUCUUUUUUAAAUUAUAAUUCAUAUUAUUGUAAAGUGUAUCUGGAGGAAACCUUUGUGUAUAAUACUAUAACUAUACUCUCAUAGGUCUGUUACAGCCGGGCGAAAAGAAAUGUGGGAAACCAGCAGCUGAAUUACCUCUCAUUUCCAAUACACACACAAGCAAAACACCACAUACAGACUCUCUCCUUUGCCUCCUCCCUCUUCUUCUCACUCUCUUUCUGACAAACACACACACACGCACACACAGAGAAGGACUGUUGUCGCGUGUACUGUACAGUGAUCUGAAGGUGAGCUGGCUGCUCUGUGUGCAGUAGAGUCGGUGUGUAGUGAAGCUUUGUGUACCCAGGGGUAGGGCUGUUCCUGGUCACACUAUCUUACUCUGUGCCAAAAUGUAGUGCAACAGCCGGGCUAGUCCUGUCUGGUCUGAUUCCAAUAAAACACUGAGCUGUCUACAUCA